AUGGAGUCCGGUGAGCUCCUGCACCGACCCGGGCCGUCCGUCGGCUCCAAACCCGACGGCCGAGGGGGCUGGCGCGCGGCGUCAUAUCUCAUCGUGGUCGGGCUCUUGGAGCGUAUCGGGUUCUACGGCGUGCAGGGCAACCUUAUUAUGUUCCUGACCGGCCCGCUCGGCAUGCCGACGGCGUCAGCGGCCGCCGGCGUCAACGCAUGGGCUGGGACCGUACAGGUGCUGCCUCUCGUCGGCGCGCUCGCCGCCGACUCGCGGCUCGGACGACUCCCAGCGAGCUCUGCUUCUGGGCCGUCGACGUCGGCUGCCCACCUCGCCUUCAUCUACGUCGCGCUCUACCUGCUGGCACUGGCACAGGGCUUCCACAGGCCGUGCGCGGAGGCCCUCGCCGCGGACCAGUUCACGCCAAGCGACGGCAACCCCAGCCCGCGCGUGUCCCGGAGCUCCUUCUUCAACUGGUUCCACUUCUUCAUUUCUUGGGGCUACGCGACGUCCACGACGGUGCUGAGCUACCUCGAGGACAACGCCGGCUGGGCCGUCGGCUUCGGCACGUGCUGGGCCACGAUGGUGCUGUGCCUCGCCGUCUUCUUGCUCGGCGCGCGGACGUAUCGCAGUACCGAGCAACCCGUCGACGACGGCAGCCCGCUCGUCGCGACCAUGAGCGCAUGGGCCCGCCAGGGUGCCCUCCAUUUGUGCAGGCUUCUGAACAGAGAGCCUGACGAAGGCAAAGGCCUCUGGGCUAAGCUGCUCCCAGUAUGGCUGAGUGGCAUGGUCUACGCAUCCCUCACCUCGCAAGUUUACACGCUGUUCACCAAACAAGGCAGCACACUGGACCGGCGCGUCGGCUCGGAAGGCCUGACCGUGUCAGCCGCCGCGCUCCAGUGCCUAGUCAGCUUCACAUUCGUCACCAUGCUCCCGAUCUACGACCGCGCCUUCGUGCCCGUGGCAAGGAGCGUAACGGGGCACCACGCGGGCGUCACCACUCUCCAGCGCAUCGGCGCCGGCAUCGCCAUGUCCUGCGUCGCCAUGGUCGUCGCGGCGCUCGUGGAAGGCAGGCGGCUCCGCGUGGCCAGGGACGCGGGCGUGUACGUCCUGAUGGGCUUAGCGGAGGUGCUGGCCGAUAUCGGGCUGGAGGAGUUCUUCUACGACCAGGUGCCCGACGCGCUCCGCAGCGUCGGGCUCGCGCUGAGCCUGAGCGCUCUGGGCGCGGGGAGCUACGCCAGUGGCAUGCUCGUGUCGGCGGUCGACUGGGCGACCAGGGGCGGCAGCGGGGAGAGCUGGAUCUCUGACAACCUCAACCGGGCGCACCUCGGCUACUUCUACUGGCUCCUGGCGGGGCUCGCCACUCUAGACGUAGCCGUGUUCUUGUACUUUUCGAAGCGAUUUGUGUACAGGAGCAAGAGCGAGCUGUGA